AUGUCAAUAGUACUAGAAUCAGUAGGACGAUCAGAAGAAACAAUCACCAACAAUGACCACUCGAUUACGAACAUCAGAACCACCAGUUUGGAAGCAACUACCACUAUGCAGAAUGAAUCUUCACUGAACCCAGAACCAAAUUCAUCGCAAACUCCAGCCCCAAGAACACAGGAAGUGAGGGACCUCAAAGAACAGUCAAUUGAUCAAGAAGUACGGCGGGAUCCUCCAACAUUCCCAUCUAGGUUGAAAAAGAAAGACGAUAGUAAGCAAUUCAAGAGGUUUCUGGAUGUUCUACGACAGCUACAUAUCAACAUUCCCCUAGUAGAAUCGUUGGAACAAAUGCCCAGCUAUGUGAAAUUCCUCAAAGAUAUAUUCGCCAAUAAGAGAAAGAUCGGGGAAAAUGAAACCGUUGCACUAACAUACGAGUGUAGUGCACUCUUCCAGAACAAUAUCCCCAAGAAAAUGAAAGAUUUGGGGAGCUUCACAUUGCCAUGCUCAAUCGGGGGGAAAGAAGUCGAAAAUGCGCUCUGUGACUUAGGGGCAAGUAUCAACCCGAUGCCCUUAUCAAUCUUCAAGAAGUUAAACAUUGGCAACGCAAGGCCUACCACAGUCACGUUGCAGUUGGCUGAUAGGUCAAUAACGCAUCCAGAGGGCAAGAUAGAGGAUGUGCUUGUGCAAGUGGAGAAAUUCAUCUUUCCAGUUGACUUCAUUAUACUAGACUACGAAGCUGACACUGAGGUGCCGAUCAUAUUGGGUUGCCCGUUUCUUGUAACGGGGCGCACGCUGAUCGACGUACAAAAAGGAGAGCUCACUAUAAGGGUCGACAAUCAGCAUGUGAAGUUUAACGUUCUCAAUACGUUGAAAUACCUAAAUGAUAUGGAAAACUGCUAG